AUGCCUCGCUCAGCCGAACAACUCAAACAAAAACGUUUGAACGUCCACGAAGGCGGACCGAAGUUCCGGUCGAACGGGUUUUUCGUGUUUCGCCAAACAUUUGCCGUCGUCCACGGCUUGACAGACCAGAAGCUCAUAUCAGUGUGGGCUGCCCGGGCGUGGAAAACCCUGCCCGAAGAAUGGCAAGCCUUUUAUGAGGCCCACGCCGAGCUGCAAGCAGGGAUCCUAAAUUGGUCCUACAACUGCUCACAGGACGUGGGAGGCGGGCUGGAGAUGCUAACGGAGUGGCAGGGGGAGAAUUUUUUUAUAAUGAAGAUUCGGCCCAGACAAGAAGAAAGCGGCUCGUCGGGCAAUGGGCAAUAA